AUGAUGAGAGGAAAACCAAUUCGAGCUCUGGGAGAGAAAAUGCAAAAGAUACUCAGACACAUCACAGACUUCCUAAACGAAAAGCACAGUUCAGAACGGGGUGAUCUUAAGCACGCUCAUGAGAUGUCAGAAAACACGCAUGUACUAAUUCAGUUUUUCUAUCUUUCCCCUUACUUGUCUUCCUUAGGACCACCUCAGAAAACAGUCUCACCCAAACAAGAACAUGAAGACAGGAAACGCGACAAAGUCACAGACAAAGGCAGUGAGAGUGGGACUUCCUGCAACGAGCUGUCCACAUCCAGCUGUGACAGCCACUCAGAGGCCAGCACUCCACAGGACAACCCGCCCAACACCCAGCAGGCUGCAGCUCACCAGCCUAACACCUUAACCUUGGAUCGACCCUCCAAAAAAGCACCAGUGCAGUGGAUGCCACCACCAGACAAGCGCAGAAACAGUGAACUCUUUCAGUCACUCAUCAGCAAGUCCCGAGAAACAAAUCUCUCCAAAAAGAAGGUCUGCGAGAAGCUCAGUGUGGAAGAGGAAAUGAAAAAGUGUAUUCAGGAUUUUAAAAAAAUCCACAUUCCAGAUUGCUUUCCAGAGCGCAAACGCCAGUGGCAAUCUGAACUGCUUCAAAAGUAUGGGUUGUAGUAAUGAUGAUGCUCCUGGCUUGUUUUCAUGGCAUUCAACGUUUACUACGAAGUCACCACCCGACUGUUGGUGGGUGUGAUUCCUGCUGCUCUUCCUUUCUGUGAACCGUGGAUGUGGGACAGUAUUUUUUUUUUUCAUUACUUUUGUUGUUGUUUUUAGAAACAUAAUUUAAAACAUGAAACCAACAAAUGUGUGUCAAAAUGGUGUAUCUAUCUGAUUCAAGCCAUUUUGUGAUAAUGAACGUAUAAUGUGCAUGAUCAAGAAACUUAAGAAUCUUGAUUUUUGAACUGUGGUCGACUGGACAUGUUUGUCAUUCUGUAACUCACUAAACAAAAGAAUAUUCAUAUCACACCAACUCACACAACAAUGUGGAUGAAGCAACAUGAAGUAAAAUUUUAGGUGAAGGUUUUAGAACCCAAAUCUACAACUGUUUAAAUGAUAAUGCAAUAAAUAAGUAUUAUUUUUGCAUGAACACGAUGUUACAAAUAAAUCACAAGACGUAAGGAAGAUCUGUUCGUUGCUAUGAAAGAAAAAAAUAUUAAAAAAUAAAGCAAAAAUUAUAUAUAAAUAUAUAUAGUUUCAGGCAAAGCCUAUCAAUGUAAACUGUUUAGGAGAUUGAACUUCCUUUGUUCCAGAUCUGUGGUUCUUUUGUGUAGGUGUAUGGUGUUUCUGUAUGUUAAGAUGGUGUAAAUAUGCCUUAUACUGUUGUGUUAUGGCAUCAACAUUCAUCUAUCAAUGCUAAUCAUGAUUAUUUCUGUGAAAUGAGUCUUUUUACAUCAGGCUGUGAAAAUUGAUACAAUGAUGAUUUAAAAGAUCCUAUUAUCAUGUUAAUCAAAAUAAUUGAGGGAAAUGGCAAAGAGCUUUAUGUAUUUAUUAAAAAAUGGAAAAUGUGUUAGAA